AUGGGUGUUAACCUUGCAGAAAUGAUCAGCAAAAGCUUGCGUGAAUUUGAAGUCACUGAUAAGCUCCUGUCACUGCCUGGUGACAAUGCCUCAAACAAUGUCACCAUGGCACACUCUCUUAAGGGUGCCAGAAAACUCCUGAGUGGCCACAUCACAGGUCCAAUGACUCACAUCUUCUGUGCUGGUCAUAUUUUUGACCUUGCAAACAAGGCCAUAUUCUGUUACUUCGUCAAGAAGGCCAAAGUUUCCAACUGGAGCUUCCUUCAGGAUGAUGAUGAUGACUGGCUAGAAGAUGAUGAUGAUGACAAGCUCGAUGUGGAAGAGCAAGAAUUAUUUGAUGAAUUGCACAUGCUUGAUGCAUUUUGUGACCUCAGGCAGUGGAACAAAAUUCCGAAGAAGGCAGUACUCAAGUUCAGGCUUGAUGAUCUAGAAUGGCAAUUCCUCGAGGAGCUCAAGCCUAUACUUAUGAUCCUUGCAGCAGGUACAAUCAGCUUGUCAAGAUCUGGGGUUGCUUUGAUCCAUGAAGUAAUCCCCAUGUUUGAUGGCAUGAUUGACCAGCUUGACAAGAUCAUUGUGGAUGUAAAGCUUUUACCUGGGGUUCAGGCAGCUGCAGUUCAAGCUUGUCAAGUUCUCUGCAAGUACUAUUCAAAAACCGAUGAGACAUACAUGUACCAUAUGGCCAUGAGUAAGUCCCUAUCUGCCAUGUUGAUGGCUGUCAACAAUGCCUUGCCUAGUUAUGCAUCCAUCCUAUAA